UUUCCUGCUCUUUGUGCGUGUGUGUGAAAAGGAGGGAGGGGGAGAGAGAGGGAGCCUGUCUGCCUAGGACUGUGUGUGUGUGUGUGUGUGUGUGACACGAACAGAUCCGAGGAGGAGGAGGAGGCCGAGGCUGUGGCGGCGAAGGUGGAGACUGCCGAGUGGUGGCAGCAGCGGCGCCUCAGCAUCUCUGCCUCCUCCGUUGCCCGCCGCUCGCUGCUGCAUCCCGCGCAGAGCCCAGCCGCAGAGGCCGGCAGCAUCCUCGCUUCCAAGGCCAGUUGUGAGUCUGAAAGCUUGGAGCCAUGACGACUCACGUAACACUGGAGGAUGCUCUGUCCAAUGUGGACCUGCUGGAGGAGCUGCCAUUACCUGAUCAGCAGCCAUGCAUCGAGCCACCUCCAUCGUCUAUCAUGUACCAGGCCAACUUUGACACCAAUUUUGAAGACAGAAAUGCCUUUGUAACUGGCAUUGCUAGGUAUAUUGAACAAGCUACAGUGCACUCAAGCAUGAAUGAAAUGCUGGAGGAAGGGCAUGAAUAUGCAGUGAUGCUUUACACCUGGAGGAGCUGUUCCAGGGCCAUUCCCCAGGUAAAGUGCAAUGAACAGCCAAAUCGGGUUGAGAUUUACGAAAAGACUGUGGAAGUCUUGGAGCCAGAAGUUACAAAGCUCAUGAAGUUCAUGUAUUUUCAGAGAAAGGCCAUUGAGCGAUUCUGCAGCGAGGUAAAACGUUUGUGUCAUGCAGAGAGAAGGAAAGACUUUGUUUCUGAAGCGUAUCUACUGACAUUGGGAAAGUUUAUCAACAUGUUUGCUGUCCUGGAUGAAUUGAAAAAUAUGAAGUGCAGUGUCAAAAACGACCACUCUGCCUACAAAAGAGCAGCCCAGUUUUUGAGGAAAAUGGCUGAUCCCCAGUCUAUUCAGGAAUCGCAGAACCUUUCCAUGUUCCUAGCAAAUCAUAACAGGAUCACACAGUGCCUGCAUCAGCAGCUAGAAGUCAUUCCAGGUUAUGAGGAGUUGUUGGCUGAUAUUGUGAACAUCUGUGUGGAUUACUACGAAAACAAGAUGUACUUGACGCCCAGUGAGAAGCAUAUGCUCCUAAAGGUGAUGGGCUUUGGUCUCUAUCUCAUGGACGGAAAUGUCAGUAACAUUUACAAACUAGAUGCCAAGAAGAGAAUCAACCUCAGUAAAAUUGACAAGUUUUUCAAGCAGCUGCAGGUGGUUCCUUUAUUCGGCGAUAUGCAGAUAGAGCUGGCCAGAUACAUUAAGACCAGUGCUCACUAUGAGGAGAACAAAUCCAAGUGGACAUGCACUCAGAGCAGCAUCAGUCCCCAGUACAAUAUCUGCGAGCAGAUGGUUCAGAUCCGAGAUGACCAUAUCCGCUUCAUCUCCGAACUUGCUCGCUACAGCAACAGUGAGGUUGUGACUGGCUCAGGAUUGGACAGCCAGAAGUCAGAUGAGGAAUACAGGGAGCUUUUUGACUUGGCUUUACGGGGACUGCAGCUUCUGUCCAAGUGGAGUGCACAUGUUAUGGAAGUGUAUUCUUGGAAGCUGGUCCAUCCUACUGAUAAGUUUUGUAACAAAGAUUGCCCAGGCACCGCUGAGGAGUACGAAAGAGCCACACGGUACAAUUACACCAGUGAGGAGAAGUUUGCGUUUGUGGAGGUGAUUGCUAUGAUAAAAGGUCUGCAGGUGCUCAUGGGCCGCAUGGAGAGUGUUUUCAACCAAGCCAUCAGGAACACAAUCUAUGCAGCUCUGCAGGAUUUUGCUCAAGUGACACUGAGAGAGCCACUAAGGCAAGCUGUCAGGAAGAAGAAGAAUGUCCUAAUCAGUGUCCUCCAGGCAAUUAGAAAGACAAUCUGUGAUUGGGAGGGAGGGCGUGAGCCUCCAAAUGACCCCUGUCUGAGAGGUGAGAAGGACCCCAAAGGCGGUUUCGAUAUCAAGGUCCCACGCCGAGCUGUAGGGCCUUCUAGCACACAGCUUUAUAUGGUGAGAACCAUGCUGGAAUCGCUCAUUGCAGACAAAAGUGGCUCAAAGAAGACUCUCAGGAGCAGCCUGGAUGGACCAAUAGUUCUGGCCAUUGAAGAGUUCCACAAACAGUCCUUCUUCUUCACUCAUCUUCUCAACAUUAGUGAGGCCCUCCAACAAUGCUGUGACCUAUCCCAGCUUUGGUUCCGGGAAUUUUUUCUGGAGUUGACCAUGGGCCGCCGGAUUCAGUUCCCUAUUGAGAUGUCUAUGCCUUGGAUUCUAACAGAUCACAUCCUGGAAACCAAAGAACCUUCUAUGAUGGAGUAUGUGCUGUAUCCAUUGGACCUCUACAACGACAGCGCUUAUUAUGCUUUGACCAAGUUUAAAAAGCAGUUUCUCUAUGAUGAAAUUGAAGCAGAAGUCAACUUGUGUUUUGAUCAAUUUGUUUACAAAUUGGCAGACCAGAUCUUUGCUUACUAUAAAGCAAUGGCUGGCAGUGUGUUAUUGGAUAAACGAUUCCGGGCUGAAUGUAAGAAUUAUGGAGUGAUUAUACCUUACCCGCCAUCCAACCGCUAUGAAACGUUGCUCAAACAGAGACAUGUCCAGCUGCUGGGCCGAUCCAUCGACCUAAAUAGACUCAUCACUCAGCGUAUCUCAGCCGCAAUGUACAAAUCACUAGACCAGGCCAUUAGUCGCUUUGAAAGUGAGGAUCUGACAUCCAUUGUGGAGCUUGAGUGGCUUUUGGAGAUAAACCGUCUGACGCACAGACUGCUGUGCAAGCACAUGACCCUGGACAGUUUCGAUGCCAUGUUCCGAGAGGCCAAUCACAAUGUCUCGGCUCCUUAUGGUCGCAUCACCCUGCAUGUCUUCUGGGAGCUGAACUUUGACUUUUUACCUAAUUACUGCUACAAUGGGUCUACUAACAGAUUUGUACGGACAGCCAUUCCAUUUACCCAAGAACCCCAGAGAGAUAAACCAGCCAACGUCCAGCCGUACUAUCUUUAUGGAUCUAAGCCACUCAACAUUGCCUAUAGCCACAUCUAUAGCUCCUACCGGAACUUUGUGGGUCCUCCUCAUUUCAAGACAAUCUGCCGGCUCCUUGGGUACCAAGGGAUUGCUGUGGUGAUGGAAGAAUUGCUGAAGAUCGUCAAGAGCCUGUUGCAAGGGACCAUCCUUCAGUAUGUGAAAACCUUGAUAGAGGUGAUGCCAAAGAUCUGCCGCCUGCCAAGGCAUGAGUAUGGAUCUCCAGGAAUCCUGGAGUUUUUCCAUCACCAGCUGAAGGACAUAAUUGAGUAUGCAGAGCUCAAGACUGAUGUGUUCCAGAGUCUGAGAGAAGUGGGUAAUGCCAUUCUUUUCUGCCUUCUCAUAGAGCAGGCCUUGUCCCAGGAAGAAGUGUGUGAUUUGCUGCAUGCUGCUCCCUUCCAAAAUAUUUUGCCCAGGGUCUACAUCAAAGAAGGAGAACGCUUGGAGGUACGCAUGAAGCGUCUCGAAGCCAAAUAUGCCCCACUUCACCUGGUUCCCUUAAUAGAGAGGCUGGGAACACCGCAGCAAAUAGCCAUAGCCCGUGAAGGAGACUUGCUGACCAAGGAGAGGUUGUGUUGUGGCCUGUCCAUGUUUGAGGUUAUCCUGACUCGCAUUCGGAGCUACCUCCAGGACCCCAUCUGGCGUGGGCCUCCCCCUACCAAUGGCGUCAUGCAUGUUGACGAGUGCGUUGAGUUCCACCGGCUCUGGAGUGCCAUGCAGUUUGUGUACUGCAUUCCCGUGGGGACGAAUGAAUUCACUGCUGAGCAAUGUUUUGGAGAUGGGCUGAACUGGGCUGGCUGCUCAGUCAUAGUCCUCCUGGGACAGCAGCGUCGCUUUGAUCUCUUUGACUUCUGUUACCACCUGUUAAAAGUACAGAGGCAGGAUGGGAAAGACGAAAUCAUAAAGAAUGUGCCUCUUAAAAAAAUGGCUGACAGGAUCAGGAAGUACCAGAUUCUGAACAAUGAGAUUUUUGCCAUCCUGAACAAGUACAUGAAGUCAGUGGAAACAGACAGUUCUACAGUCGAGCAUGUGCGCUGCUUCCAGCCCCCCAUCCACCAGUCCUUGGCCACCACCUGUUAAAUAGUCUGUGCUGGAAAUGAAAUGUGAGCAUUUGUGUCUCUGCAUCUGAAGUCAGUGAGGAAGGAGCGACUGGAUCUCAGAGGCCUGGAAGGGAAAACCCUGAGAACACAGAUCUGUCAACAGUGCAGACUUGGAUGGACCCAGUAUACAAAGAAGCAUUUUCCUAGAAGGCCUGUUUUGAAUGCAUGUUCUUCUAUAGUAUCUUUCUGGUUGGUUUUACCCAUAGCUUUGAAAAUGUGGUGAGAUGGAGCAAAAUGUGGUUUUUUCUCCUGUGGUAUCGUCAGCUUUUGUGAUGACCAAGAAUAACCCAAUCAAGCACAAAACUCUAUGGCCCUUAAAAGAGUUGUUGUUUUUUGGGGGGGUUACAGUUGAAGCAGUCAUCGCUUCAUUGUGUUGCAAGUCUUCCGCUUGAUGCACCAUGAGACUGAAAAGCCUUCCUGCUUGAUGGGAAACAACAGCUUAAAUGUUUAAAACAUUCAGAAAUGCUAAGUUGUUUCUGCAAUAGAUGAUAAAGAGCUGUGUGAUUUACGCAAGCAAAAAAAAAAAUCAAAAAAAUCAGGUUCUUUUAGAGAUGGAAUAUUGACUAUCAUUCUCCACCUAGAAUUAGAGGAUUUUUUGUCAUUGCCUUGUUGUCCUCUGCCCUUCUAGAAUUGUUUCGGGUGCAAUCUUGUGCACAAUUAGCUGGAAACAAGCCACAUGUAUAGGGCAGUGCUAUUAACCUUUCUAAGUUUCAUGAUGCAUCUUUUCUUAAGCAGUGGAGCACUGACAAAAGAGUCUUCUCAUAUUUUGAAUUGAUUAUCACUGCUAUGGUGGCCCUGUAUAAUACCUUCCCCUUAACCAAGUACUGUUGGCAGUAGUUUUACCUGAGCGUCUAGGAUUUUACACAGCCAGGAGAAGAGGCACUGAUUGUCAUGACCCAGACUCUUGAUAAAGUUGCCGGGUCAAGGAACUAGUAAGUUCUUUGAGAAAUGCGUUUGAUGCAUUCUUUGGGAUAUAGUCAAUAGAAUAAUGAGAUCAGUACACUUCCCCAUUCUGGAAAAAUAUAUGACAUUUGGUAAUCGGUUCAAACUUAGGUAUCCAAACUUUGGAAACAAUGCUAAAAAAUAGAUUUGGCAUGACUUCAGGACGUUUAGAGACAAACAAAAGGCAGCAGCUUAUAUAUCAUUAAUAUGUGUGGUUCCAAAGGCAUGCAGAAUUUCAACAAAAGUUAAAAAUUGCCCUGUCAUAACCCUGUAGAACAAAGAGGUAAGCAUAGGAAUUUCUGUGUGAACGAUUCACAGAAUUGGAGAUCCAGGCGGGGCUCAAAAGGUCAUGCUUCUGCAGUUCCCUACACCAAAGGAGACCUCCUGUCACCAGUGUACCCUAGAGCUCAGAUGAGAGUGUACUACCUGUAGAAGGUAGAAACAAGAAAGGGAUGUGUAUGGGAGGAGAAAGCCUGGAGAGAAAAUACCAGAGACAAUGCAAAGAAGCCAUGCGACAAUGCUACAGAGAAGUCUCUCCAAACUAAUGAGAAAGUUUAGAACAAGUCUACUGAGACAGGUACCAAAGUUUAGGGCUGUAUAAUAGCGUGAAAUGAAAAUAAAUUCUAUAAGAUAUUGAGAGAAGAAUUAGUUUCUGCUAGGCUAUCAUAAGGCACUUGAGUUAUUUACCAUGCAAGUUUCCUGUCUCCCAGUUGCCUACCGUGACUAUUUAAGGGUUUCAGAAUUGCAAGCCUUUAAUAUUUAGGUACUUUAGAUUGAAUUUCCUAGAAGGAAAAGGCAGCAUUUUAUCUCCCUUCUGAUUUGCGCUACAGAUUUCAGAAUAAAGCAUUAAGGAAAUAUUUAAAAUGCAGUCUAUUGGACAAAGGGCACACAAUGCACCAGAAAGUUCUCCUAUACAAGCCACAAAACAAUGAAAGGGAGACGUGCAGGAGCAUAACCAUGUUCACUUCACUGGGGCUUGCUCAGGAAAACAUCCUGGUAGAUUGUUGAAGGAAUGUAUAUGUUGGUUUGUUGCCCUAAUUUUUACCCUGUCAGGCUCCAUCACUGUCAGGGCAGAUGUCAGAACAUCCAGCAUUUAUCCUAGACUCCAGACAUUUAGUUCUUUAGUCUAACUUUUGCCAAGAGAAAUCGCCACUUUUUAAAAAAGUGUUGGUUUUUAAAAAACAACAACAACCAGGUGUUUUAAGUCUGUGUUUUUCCUCCUUUGUCUCACCAUAAAGCUGAUACAGUACUUAAUUGCUGGUGUUUGGUUCAUUGUCACAGCAUGAUGACAAAUCUUACGAAGCCAGAGACUCAGCAUUUUUUUUCUCCUUGCGGGCGCAUGAAGUAGAAACCUCUUAAUUGUCUGUGUCAGGCACAGGAAGAACAUUCUGUUUCAAGGGACAGCAACGACAUGGAAUUAUUACCAUGAAGUAUGUUUCCUUUGGCAGAUACCUUUAUUUCCUUAAAGGCUCUCUUUCCAAAGUAACUAUUAAAUAUCCCUCCACAGAAUCUGGGGAGCAUGUUUGCAGCAUUUCAAACUGCAAGAUACAUCUUGCAAUGUGGAAUUAAGG